UCAAGUAAUUAUUGAGAUUCCCUAAGAUUUCACUUCCCGUGUAUAACUGACAAAAUAUAACCAAUUAACCCCCAAAAAUUAAGAUUAUGGAAAAAGGCUUUCCAUAUUUCCCUAAAAUUUCAUUCUUGUAAAAUCUCCCAAGAUCGCCGGACUCCAAUGUUUAUGGAAAGCUUAACAACUUCCUUAAACUAACCUCUCAAAACAUAACAAGGCAAAGUCUAAAAGUUUGUCUCUCUCUCUAUAUAUCCCCUGUCAAUGCUCUGUUCCUAACCGAAGAACAUAAACAUCUCUGUUAAGAAAUCAGUCCAAUUCCAUGGAACAUCGCCAAGCUUUGCCGACUUGUACUCUGAAAGUGAAUAUCAACUGUUGCACCAUGUGUCGAUUGAAAGUAAAGGAGAAGUUACAAAAAAUCAAAGGAGUGGAGUCCAUCGUCUACGAUUCCGACAGAGUGGUAACAAUUUCAGGAAAAGUAAACCCAAUGACUAUAGUGAAGAAGCUUGAGAAAUGGGGCAAAAAUGCAGAGCUUUUGUCCUUCCGAAGGUCCCCCGAGCAAGAUGUUCAGGGCAGUACCAGCUGUUCCAACAAAGGGGUUGAUAAUUCUGAUCAUCACGGAUCACAUUCCAAAAUGGAAAAAGACUGUUGUUGUCGUUGUGAUGCUGUGUCUGAUUCUGACGAUGACCAUGAUCAUGGUCAAGAUGAUAAUGGAGAGGUACCUGCAGCUAAGAAGAGCAAUGCCAGCAUCACUUGUCAACACCCUGAUCCCACCAUCAGCAAGCAAAGCAGAAAGGGUAAAGUCAAGAAAAGGUUUAUUGGUUUGUUUUCUAAGAAUAUUGGAGGAGCAAAAAAGAACUUGGAUGAGACCAAAAGUCGAGUAUCCACGAUAGGGAAGCCCUCAACGAUGGAUAGACCGUCCAAAUGGCGAUUUCCCUGGACGCCUAUGCCUAAGUAUGGUGGUCCUAUGCCAUAUAAUCGACCCUUUGAGUCUUAUCCUCAGCCGGUGACUGGAAGGCCAGCAGCACCUCCAUACCAUCCAUUUGGGCUAAUGCGGCCUCCGCCUUCGCCAGCGGUGCCUCCUCCAUAUGGUUUUUUCAAUUCUAGGCCACCGCCAAAGGUUAACCCUAUGAUCCACUAUACCAGUUAUGCAGACAAUUACAGUUACUGGUGAACUGUUUAAAGUUUGAACAUGGUUGUCUGCAAAGGACUUGUUAUUUGUUUGUCCUCUGCUUUAGAAAUUGAAACUUGUUUUUCAUCUACAA